GUUUUGGCCUCUGCACCUGGUCACGAUGCACAGUGUAGGAGGCUUUUGUACGCUGUUUCUUACUGUCCGUGUAGGAUUGAGCUGCGAAGCGGGUACUGGAGGAGCAGAAAGAAACGGCCCAGGCCGGUCCAACCAGAUCGAGAGUGUUUUGAGUUUUCUAUAUAGUUUCUGCCUUCUCUUUUCUUCUGCUUCGAGCGUUGCGUGUUUUUCCUCCUCCACGUGACCCCACAUCGCCUGGUUUGAAGUUUCUCGUGCAGUGCAAUAAUUAAUAUCUUCAACAAUCCAGUUCAACUUUCAGUUUUGUCUUCAGCUCUGUUCUGUCCGGUUCCGUUCUGUCCUUCGCGUUGCUUGAUUCAUCCAUGUAUCCCUCCGGCUCGGUGUUCCCUACUGGCCUCGACCGGCCCCGUCGUCGUCCUCUUCAACAACAACAACAGCAGGAGCAAGCUUCCUGAGCCAUCCCACGUCCUACGAGGUACCAUUGUUCGCCAAUGCUGCCUAUUUUCCAAAUUGGAGAGCGUACCGGGGGCAGUAUCCGUCUUCAUUCAGACUGGGUUUCGUCUCUCACAUCUUCUAUGCUUUUGCUUGGUAUAUAUAACUAAAACAAACCAAAGAAAGAAAAGAAAAAAGAAAAAGAAAAGAAGAAAAUUAAAAUAAGAAUGAAUUCUGCUGCAAUUUUCGAACACCGGUAGUUGACUUUGUGAAUUUCUCUUUGUCUAGGGUUAAACAAGACGGCACUGUUUAUUUGAGCGAUGAGUGGGCCGAUUCCCAAAUGCCUGUGGAUGGCACCCAGGGGUGUCUCAGGGCUUUCACCCAGCUGAGAAACCAGCACUCCAAGAUCAAGAUCAUCCUCUCCAUCGGUGGCGGAGGGAAAGGCAGUGAGAACUUUGCUAUCGUGGCUAGACAUCCUUCACGGGCCGAGACCUUUGUACGGACGGCGAGGGAGCUGGUGGAUCGGUUCUCUUUGGAUGGAGUCGACAUUGACUGGGAACAUCCUUCCGACGCAGUACAAGGGGCAGACUAUCUGAGUCUCCUCCGUCGGCUUCGUCAAGGGUUUCCUCCCCCUAAAUAUGUCGUCACGACAUGUCUCCCCGCCGGGGAAUGGGCGCUGCAGCAUAUCGACCUAUUCGCGGCGCAGAACUAUCUCGAUCUGAUCAAUAUCAUGGCAUACGACUUUUCCGGCCCCUGGACAACCCAAACGGGGCAUCAGUCCCAGCUGUACAGCUCGGGAGCAACGUCGACAUCUUGUCAAUCAGCCGUAUCAUACGUCCUGGCACAAGGCGUGAGUCGCAAGAAGAUUCUGCUCGGAGUGCCCGCGUACGGACGGUCGUUCCUGGGCAGUGACGGUGUCGGGCAGACAUAUAGCGGGAUCGGAGGGGAAGACGGGACGUUUGAUUACUGCGAUCUGCCACGGCCCGGAGCGACGGAGCAUCACGAUGAGAAGGCCGGGGCGGCGUACUGUGUUGGUGGGGAUGGUGGUUUUGUGAGCUACGACACGCCGCGAACGGUUCAGCAGAAGGCCAAGUUCGUGACGCAGAUGAAGCUGGGAGGGAUGUUUUAUUGGCAUAUUGGGUCCGACAUGAAGGGGACGAGGAGUUUGAUUGAGACGGGCUACAAUACGAUGCAUGAUAUGUAGGCUUUCUCUUGUACUGUCUAGCAUUGUCCCGAGGGCAGCAUGGAGAGAGGAAAAGGAACAAAAACAACAGGUGACUGCGUCAUUGCGUACGUGUCUUCUGCUAUACAGGAUACUCUCUACAAGCCAUGACGAAUACAAUAAUGAAUUGAUGCAUAGACCUGGAUGUAAGUGACAAAUUAAGCAAGGUAAGUACCUGAUGAACAUUGUUGAUAAGAGUACUCUUCAGCCCUAG